GGAGGACAGACGGGCAUGAGGACAGGAGAACAGACGGGCAUGAGGACAGGAGGACAGACGGGCAUGAGGACAGGAGGACAGACAGGCAUGAGGACAGGAGGACAGACGGGCAUGAGGACAGGUGGACAGACGGGCAUGAGGACAGGAGAACAGACGGGCAUGAGGACAGGAGGACAGACGGGCAUGAGGACAGGAGGACAGACGGGCAUGAGGACAGGUGGACAGACGGGCAUGAGGACAGGAGGACAGACGGGCAUGAGGACAGGAGGACAGACGGGCAUGAGGACAGGUGGACAGACGGGCAUGAGGACAGGAGGACAGACGGGCAUGAGGACAGGAGGACAGACGGGCAUGAGGACAGGUGGACAGACGGGCAUGAGGACAGGAGAACAGAUGGGCAUGAGGACAGGAGAACAGACGGGCAUGAGGACAGGAGGACAGACGGACAUGAGGACAGACGGGCAUGAGGACAGGAGAACAGACAGGCAUGAGGACAGGAGAACAGACAGGCAUGAGGACAGGAGGACAGACGGGCAUGAGGACAGGAGAACAGACGGGCAUGAGGACAGGAGGACAGGCGGGCAUGAGGACAGGUGGACAGACGGGCAUGAGGACAGGAGAACAGACGGGCAUGAGGACAGGAGGACAGACGGGCAUGAGGACAGGAGGACAGACGGGCAUGAGGACAGGUGGACAGACGGGCAUGAGGACAGGAGAACAGAUGGGCAUGAGGACAGGAGAACAGACGGGCAUGAGGACAGGAGGACAGACGGACAUGAGGACAGACGGGCAUGAGGACAGGAGGACAGGCGGGCAUGAGGACAGGUGGACAGACGGGCAUGAGGACAGGAGAACAGACGGGCAUGAGGACAGGAGGACAGACGGGCAUGAGGACAGGAGGACAGACGGGCAUGAGGACAGGUGGACAGACGGGCAUGAGGACAGGAGAACAGAUGGGCAUGAGGACAGGAGAACAGACGGGCAUGAGGACAGGAGGACAGACGGACAUGAGGACAGACGGGCAUGAGGACAGGAGGACAGACGGGCAUGAGGACAGGAGAACAGACAGGCAUGAGGACAGGAGGACAGACGGGCAUGAGGACAGGAGAACAGACGGGCAUGAGGACAGGUGGACAGGCGGGCAUGAGGACAGGUGGACAGACGGGCAUGAGGACAGGAGAACAGACGGGCAUGAGGACAGGAGGACAGACGGGCAUGAGGACAGGAGGACAGACGGGCAUGAGGACAGGAGAACAAACGGGCAUGAGGACAGGAGGACAGACGGGCAUGAGGACAGGAGGACAGACGGGCAUGAGGACAGGAGGACAGACGGGCAUGAGGACAGGAGAACAGACGGGCAUGAGGACAGGAGGACAGACGGGCAUGAGGACAGGAGGACAGACAGGCAUGAGGACAGGAGGACAGGCGGGCAUGAGGACAGGUGGACAGACGGGCAUGAGGACAGGAGAACAGACGGGCAUGAGGACAGGAGGACAGACGGGCAUGAGGACAGGAGGACAGACGGGCAUGAGGACAGGAGGACAGGCGGGCAUGAGGACAGGAGGACAGGCGGGCAUGAGGACAGGAGGACAGACGAAGGUGCGGACAGGACUGAUAUCAAACCUGCAUGUUUUUUUUUAUAUUGGUUGAAAUGUUUCUGUAUAAAAACAACACUGGUAUUGAAUGUCUGAUCACAUUUGCAGUCUUGAGAAAUGACUUGUUUUUAUUGACAGUUUUUAUAUAUAUACGGUGGCCCCUCGUCUACCACGGUAGGAGAAAAUCCGUGAAGUAGCGACCAUAUUUAUUUUUAUUUCUAUAUAUUUAAAGGCUUUAAGAACCCUCCCAACACUCUUGUAAAUCUUUCCCACACAGUUACAAACAUUUCAUAUGCUCUUAAACACUUUCUGCACUCUUAAACCAACGUCAUUUUACCAACAUAUAGAAUUCUAUACGGGUGCUCACAAGUGAAUAAAUUACAACUGAAAUGAUGAAGAUGAAUUAUUUAGUUUUAGAAUUAAUAUCAUAAAGUUGAUUGUUCUGAGAUGGAAAAAAUAUAAAAAAUAAUCCUAAGUUAUUACUCUGAACCAGAUACUUGAUGCAAUUUUUACAUAAAAUAUACUUAAACUGCUGAACACUUGAACAAAAACAUGAAGCAUUCAGAUACAUGGGAUAAAAUCACGUAAAAUAUGAAAGAAUGAGCCUAAGAGAAAACAUUCAUGAGACUGGUUUGUACCUACAGUGUGUUUACUUUGACAGUUUUCUGACUAUUACUUUAAAUUUUACUUCCUGUUUGGUAUCAUGAGUUUAAACCUUUCCCAGGAUUUCUCUUUGUGACUUGUUAUUUUUCCAGGAAAGUGAGAAGGUUCAUCUCCUGACUUUGUGUUUGCAGUAAAUGGGAGGUAAACACACUCCGCCCCUCCGCCCUCCUCCUGUAUGGGAUUACCUGCAGCUCUGGUCGCCACGGUGACAGCCAGCCUAAUUGGCAAAUGUAGGUUUCAACCAAAUCCUCACCAGCGCAGCCACACACACGCACACACACACGCACACGCACACACACACAAACACACACACACACACACACGCACGUGCACUCAGCAGCUAGCUUAGCAACGCUGAGCUAAUCUUCUCUAAGCACAUUAAGCUUUAUGAGGGCUGAGCACAAAAGCUGCUUACACACACACACACACCAUCACAGACAGAGUGAUGGGAAUCUGAUCAGUAUUUUCGUACUUGAAGUUCUUACUAUUGUUGUGUUUUUUUGCUAAAACUUUAUUACACUUUAUUAAUAAUGUUAGCUCAGUUAGUCGGUGUUUUGUGUCACCUGU